CGUCUUCGAAAGGGGCGCGGUAGAACUGAGGCUGGGGACAAGGGUUUGGUGGUGGCGAGCGGAAAUAUAUCCAUAUCAGAUUAAUCGAAUUCUGAUGGAGGCACAGGCGAGAACAGCGGUUCUGGUUCUGGUUCUGGUUCUAGUGACAGUUCCAACCAGUUGGCUUCAGUGUAACAUCAGGUACCUUCGCCCUCCCACUCCCACUCCCAUACCAAUCCCAUACAUCUUUUUCCUGUCUACCUUAACGCCAGGUCUCUUACCUACUACCUGCUCCUUACUCACUGUCCUCAGAGGAACACUGUACCGGGAAAUGGGCGGGUGAGCACGUGUAAGGCGAUAAUGUGUGGUUCAACUGGGAUGAGGUGUACAAGCCGGAGUGGGGGCAAAUGCACAUAUGGAGUUGCAUCUUCCCUAUCUGCGAGACUUGCUGGAUGAAACACCCCGAAACGU